UGGGCGGUUCAUGAAUGGGUUUCUGAAGUGGGAGGGCCCGUCAUCUGACUUCACCAGGCAGGAAAAAAGUGGGUGUUGCUGCGCUGUAGUGUUUGGUUUUGCUGCGAUGCAUCUUCUUCAUGCCUGUUUUUAACACAGAAGCAGCGGUUUACUGUGCGCACGGACUGCGGUGGACUUUUCAACCGCUUACGGAGCAAACAUCCGUCCGCUGUGAGACGACGCGCAGGCCGAGCACUGCUGUGCUCCAGCCCCGUUAGACUGGAGAGGGGAGAGCGGGGUGUCGGUGAGCCAUGGGUUUCCGCAAGAAGAACAAGAGCCCCCCGGUGCUGAGCCACGAGUUUGUGAUCCAGAAUCACGCCGACAUGGUUUCGUGUUUAGCCAUGAUUAUCCUCCUCGGCCUGAUGUUUGAGGUACAGUGUGAGUGGAGCUGUUGUUAGCCGAGUGAUGCUAGCUGCUGCUAACUAAGUAACGUUAGCUGACAGACAGCAGCAGCUCUCCAGGGGCAGGGCGCUAGCGUGUCUUUCCCCUUUCCUUCUCAUGUGUCUCAGUGCUUGCCAAAGAAGAUGGCGAGGAGGCCCACAGAGCUUACAGGUCUUUCUUUUUAACCACUGGUCAUAUCGGCUGCCCCUAUACUAGCAAAUAAAUAUCAUAACGCGUACCUUUACUCGGUAGUCAUGGUGAAAGUGUGGGUUCAUGCUGCACAUUUUAUGACUCGUAUCGUGACCCUUUUGGAUGUAACAGGAUAUCUUUCCUCAAAGUAACAUGUCCUUAUCUCAACUAAGCUGGUGUAAAUGAUAAGAAAAUUGGUCCGAGUUUGUCCUCAUUGACAUUCAUGUAUAAAGAUGCUGCAUGAGGGUGAACACUAUCAAAGUCAUGACACAAAAAUAUGAUGAACUUUUAACCCUCCUCCUGUCUUAGGGUCUGUACCGACCCCUUUUUUUGUUUUUAAAUGCCUAAAAGAAACACUUAAAUGAGCUUUUUUGCAUUAAGACUGUAUGACUUUGUCAGGAACCUCUAUUUCAACAAAAUAGAAAAUAAAGAAAUUAAUUUACUAAAUCCAGUUAAACCUGUCCCCCUCAACCAACAUAUAUACUGAUCAUAUUGAUCACAGUGCAAUAAAUUAAUCUUAUUAUUUAUACCGUAUUGUUAUCUCUAUUAUUAUAUCAUAUUGAUCACAGUGCAAUAAAACUGGGCUUCACUGUGCAACAAUCAGGUUGUCAGAUCAUUCCUGUUUUGUAUCUGUUUAUAUUACUGCCUUUUACUUUUCUUAUCUUUGUGCUUUUAGUAGCUUUUAUUUUGUUUUUGUUUUUUAAUUUAAAUCGGAUUAUUUUUGCACCAAAGAGAGCUGCGCUCAAAUUUCAUUGUAUUGUGUUUAUAAAAUGCUCUUAUUAAAAUUAUGGCACUUGUCGUGUCAGGGUCGCUGUUGACUGGGUUAGAUUGAUAUCUAAUAAUUAGAGCAAAAACUACAAUCAUAAGUGCUCUGUCAGGCACCACACUGACAGUCAGAUCCUCUUCCAAUCAUGUGAGAUUUAGGAAAUUCUCAUUUUGCCAUGUUUUUCCCUGCACGAAAAAUAACGUUGAGUUCAGACAUGUAAGAUCAAUUCAGUAUAGAUGAUUGUAUGAGGGGUGUACUGACAAAGAAAGGCCCAGAGGACCGCAACAAAAAAUAUUUUAAGCAAUAUUUUCAUGGAUAAUGACACCUAUCAAGGUAACCUAUGGAUUAGAACCAAACUGGAAGAUAGAGAAUUGUUUUUAACAUAAUUUGCAGCUGAUUUAAAACACAGGUCGAAACCGACCCUUAACAUAGUGAGUGCAUAGUAAAAGCUAACACAGGAAGGUUAAUAGACGGUGUUCGAAGGAGUAGUGCCUAUUCAUAUGCAAGUAUGUUAAAGUGUGCUCCAACAAACCCCCUUGUCACUAGACUCCAGUUAAUAGUUAAAAAUAUGGGGUCUAACAAUGACAAGACAGGCUCUGCUCAAUGCAUAUAUGCAGUAAAUAUUAAAAGAUAAAGAUAACUAAGAGUAUCUAACUGGCACAGGGGCAUUUAAGCAGCUCAUGCACACAUCCGUUUCACAAUCUCCUUCUUCCUCUGUGUUUUAGGUCACAGCAAAGUUCGCCAUCAUGUUCAUCACAGUGCAGUACAACGUCACACAGGUCCUUGGUGAGCCUUUCUUUUUGCCUCUUCUAAGUUAAAUAAACUUCUAUUCAUGUUAAUUUUGUCUUUUAGUUAUAAGUUAUGUGUGAAGGUUUUAACUUCGUUUUUUUUUCUGCAGAUGAGAAGAUUGAGCCAGUGAACCUCUAUCAGUAUGGCCCCAAAGAUGUGGCGACAGUAUUUUUCUACCUGCUCAUCGCGGUCAUCCUUCAUGCAUUGAUACAGGAAUACAUUCUUGAUGUAAGUACAUUGACCAUCACAAGGACACCCAUGUUCGUUAUUCCUCUUACGUCCUUUGGUGGAGUAAAGCCAAGCCAAGGCUGUGGUCAGAUUCAGUUUAUUGUAUUCAGUUUUAAAGCCAUACAACAUUCCAAUCAUACCUCACCCUGACCGGUUUGGUUUCAAAAAUGAUAUCAGAUAUCAGUGGUAAUAAAUACUUGAAGAUGUUUUCAGUCCAAAAAUUAAAAAAAAAAGUCAUUUUAAGGACCACAUUCAACAGAGGAGAAAUUUUUAAUAUCUGUUUCUGUUUAAAGUUUUCACAUCAUGAAAGAAAAAUACAGAACUAGAGGUCCUCAUUAAUCCACAUUUGAUGUGUAAUUUGUGUUUGAUUUCAGAAAAUGAACAGGAGGUUGCACCUGUCAAAAACCAAACACAGCAAGUUCAACGAGUCUGGACAGCUUGCAGCGUUCUACCUGUUCUCCUUCAUCUGGGGCUGCAGCAUCCUCACAGCGGUACGAGGGUCAAGACCCACUGAAACACACUGUCCCAGCAUGCAUUAGCCAUCAUCUAAUUCAGUGUCGUCUUUUUUUUUUGACAGGAAGACUUUGCUACAAAUCCUACUUUCCUGUGGGAGGGUUACCCACACACUCACAUGGUGUAAGAACAAAUGAUAUCUUCUCAUAAUUGGUUCAUAUUUGAAAUGAAGUUUCUAACAUGAUUGUAAUUGUUGGGACGAAAGUGAUAUUUUGGAUAUUAGCUCAGGCAUUGUUAGAAUUUAGAUUUACAUUAAUAUAUUUGAGAUCUGUCCAUGCUGAAAUAACAUCUAGGCUCUAACCUUAACACAACCUUUCCUCUCUCCAGUUUUCAGGUCAAAUUCUUCUACAUUUGCCAAAUCGCCUAUUGGCUGCAUGCACUCCCCGAGCUGUACUUUCAAAAAGUACGAAAGGUGAGUGUCAUCCUAGGAAGAAAACACAGACUUUGUGGUGAGAACAGCAACAUUUUAGGGGCGUGAAUCUGCCAUUUUUCCAUUGUAGAUAUGAGGCGAGAGGGAUUUUUAAUUGAAUUUGGGUUAUAAAGCCGUUAAAGAGUCUCAAAUCUGCGGUGAUGAUUGUACAUUAGCAGUGUGAGAUGUUUUAUUCGGGGGUAAUCGGCAUGAAGAAGCUUUGACUUACUACUGAAUGCUGCCUAUGUGUGUAGAUAUCCUAUUAUUUCAAAGGUAACUGGAGCCAUGCAGAUGUAGAGGCCUAUGCAUCUCAGUGUCAAAGCUAAAAGGUGGUUAAUGAGCCCUGGUCGGGUUUGAAUGCAUACUGAGGAACUUUAUUUCUUCAGUUAAAGCUUUCCGAGUAAUGCGUCUUCAUGUAGCUUCCUCUUCAGCAGACUUCUGUGCAGUGACUAAUGAUUCUUUCCACCUUAUUUUGUUCUGUUUCCACAGGAGGACAUCCCCCGCCAGCUCUACUACAUUUGCCUUUAUGUUGUCCACAUCACCGGUGCCUAUGUGUUGAAGUGAGUGAAGGAUUCCUCUGAUUUUUAGUCUAUAGUUUUCAAUGUAAAGGACAUUGUUAGUUACCUUGAAAGUGCUUGAAAAGUUCAGGAAAUCAGAAACUUUCCCCAUCUCAUCCUGUUUAGCCUCCACCGACUGGGCCUGGUGCUGCUCGUCCCUCACUAUCUAGUCGAGCUCCUGUUCCACGCUUCACGCCUCUUCUACUUCAGUGAUGAGAACAAGCAGAAGGGGUAAUUCCUUCAUUCAGCCGACAGAGAGGUUUUUCUUACCCGAUCUCAACAUCCUGACGUGAUAUGUCUUGUUUUCUCUGCAGUUUCACUCUGUGGGCGCUUCUUUUUGUCAUUGCCCGCCUUCUCACCCUCACGCUCUCAUUUCUGACGUUCGGCUUCGGACUGCCCCGUACAGAAAACCAAGGCUUCUCUCUAGCAGAUGGAAACUUCAAUGUACUCACCAUAAGGCAAGAAGCUAGAAGAGCCUUGAUAUCAUUGGCGUUUAUCCGUUUUAGUUUUUGUUUGUUCAUGAAUUGUUUCUUUCCCAACCCUCAGGAUGACUUGUCUGGCAGCGAUCUGCCUGACACAAGCUUGGAUGAUGUGGAAAUUCAUUAACUUCCAAUUGAAAAAGUGGAGGGAGCACAGCCAGAACCAAGCAUCAAAGAAAAAGGUUGUCAGCCCGAAAAGCAAACCUCCCAAAAAGGAGCCUUCAAGAGGUAACAGUGUCUCUAACCCCAUAUCUCCUCAAACAGAUAAAGCAUAACUGAUUAUUUUUCAGUAAUUCUCAUUCUUGAAACUUUUCCACUCACCUUUUUUCUAUCAGGAGGUGCUGCCAAUGGGGUUGUGAAGUCAGAGGAUAAAACGUCACCGCGGGCAAGAAAAGCCAAAGCUUCGUAGAGACGGAGAAAUUUGGAGGGAAAAAAAAAAACACUGAUCGAGGGAAAUCUGACAAUGUGACUUUCUGUCUUUACACAACUUCAGAUUUUGUCAUCUGCUCUCCAAAACAAAUGCGCACUAAGAAACCUUACAUAACUGUCCCUUUGCAGUUGAAACUCUGCUCUUGAGAAAAGUUCACCGUCAUUGUCGGCUAGAAAUGUUUUAUCAUCGGUCUGGGUUGUCUGCAGAUGGGAUGUUGGCAGGACAGCGGUGGUUCUGAUGCUUUAACAGGAUAGAUUUAGCUCUUCAAAGUGUCCUUUUGUGUUAAACUGGCUGGGUACUUUCAACUGAGUUGGUUAUUUGACAUGGAUCAGAUCACCUCACAGUAACCCAAAAAGCGGAUUUUGACUUCAGGCUAAUCUAACUCGAAGUCUUGAAAUACAGAUUGACUGUGAGGUGUGUUUUUUUUUGGAAGUUUGGGCCUUAUUCAGUUCAACUCACAAGCCUUUCUUUCUCUGCAAGUCAACUCUAUGUUAUUCUGCUGUUGUAAGGAAAAGCUCCUAAAUUAACCGCUCCAGAGGAACAUUUGUGCUAUUAGAUAUUUAGCAUAGCUGCAGCCAGAAAACUGAAGCUUGUACUUAACUCCUUAAUCAUUAACUGCCAUUAUCUGACAGCCUCUGCCUUUGAAGUCCAUCAGGAUGGAGGCACUUUUGUGGUUUUGUCGGCUGUUAUCUCAAGGCUGGUUUAUCAGCUUCGCCCUGGUACAGGGUUUCAUCCAGGUUUGGUGACUCACCAAGAGGAAGCUGCACUGUAACCUGUGAUGCUGUACUGUAUGCACACAGUUUUAAAUCCUCAUAGUGGCAUGAUCGGAAAGCACGAAACUCUGUUCGAGGCCGCCAUAAAGUCUCAUAUAUGGUGAUGUUAAUGCAUGAUGGUUUAAGGCUAAAGACUCAAUGGCUGGCUCUUACCUGUGCUGUUGAGUUUGCAUCUCUCUCUCUUUCUCACACAAACACACACAAACACACACACAAGCAUUCAGUGGCCUUUUUACAACUGCUGCAAGAGGUUUGAGUUAUUUAUUUUUGCCAUAUACUUCAGAAAGAUAUUAUUUUCUAUGCUUUGAGAAGCUAUAACCAGCGGUACAUAGCAACUGAGUUUAGUUAAUCCAAACAAUACAAUCUUUCUUCAAGUGUCCUUAUAAUGUCGGUGGUUUGUAUCACUCGUUCUGCUUGUGUUGCGUUCUGUUUUGCCUUUUCUGUUUUGCUUUUUUUUUUUGACUCUUGGGUAUCAGGGGACAAGCUAUUCACCACUUAACCCUGAAAGUUACAACCCAUGGUGCAACGGGAGGCGUGUUUGUGUGCCUGCGCACUUGUGUGUGUGUACAGUAUUGUUUUGCCUACUGUGUGUGAAUGGACUGGGGGUGGACGGUGAUUAUGAUGAUGAUGAUUAUGAUGACAACAACGUUUAUUGCUUGUCUUGUAAAAAAAAUUAUAUUGCCUGCGUGCAGAGCAUGAAAUGUGACAAUCUGUUCAUUGACUCCUGCCCUCUUUGUUCGACUCCUCCACCCUUUCCUGUCUUUUCGUUCUCUUCGGUUAGGCCCAGCUCAGAUCCGCUUCAGUGUGCGAGACGCUGAGUUGCGGUUUGGUGUGCGUUCUAUGGGUUACUAAAUGCUUAUGUGCUCACUGUCUCCACCCCUGUGAGAGAGAUUCUGUGAUUUCUGUUCGCCAAAUGUGGCAAGUCUACUCCUCCUUACUUCACCUUUUCAGUGAUUCUGACAUUGCUAUGGAGCACAUGCGUUGAACGUGCAGUUGGCCAAGUCUUUCCCCCUUAAUUAGACCGACUCCUGCUCUAAUACUGAACUGCACAUGUGCAGAAAAAGACUGAAGUUUGGAGUCGAGGGAGGAGACGAGGAUGCCGCUCAUUUUUGCUCCCUUUAACGCUCCUUAUUGGGACUUUGGGUGGUCUUUAAAAGGCCUGUGUCUGUGUAUGGCAGUGUCAUAGGAGGAAAGGAGGAGUGGAGGACUUUCGUACCAGCCUGUUAUUAAACUGUCUCAGAUGUAAAAGAAAAAAAAAAAACAGACUUAACACUACACUGUACUAAAAAUGUGUCAGAUUUUUAAGCUAUUUUUAUAGAGGGGGAAAUUUCACUGUUGUUCGGUACACACGCGUAAAAACUUGUUUUGCAUCCAUAUCGAUAUAACUUUUUGUUUUCUUUUUUUUUUUUAUAAAAGAAUGAAGCUUGCUGAACUGUUAGCCUGAGUAUACAUUGUUGUAAGAGUGUAAAAAUUUACUUAGCCUAAUGGUUUGUUUAACUUCAUUGCCUUAUUAGACUAAACAAACUCAAUUGUAUAACAGUACUCACUGAACAGUAUGCUGCAGGUUUACUCUGCAGCUUUCACAACUACAUGUUUAAUGAUAGUGAAAUUACACCAUAAUACUGUUACCAUCACAUGAUUUGAAAUAUAUGACCACAGGAGAGGAGGAGGAAACUUUCAGUAUCGUGUUUUGUUUGUUCCAGUCUUGCAGGUGUUCUUCGGUUCUUGUGGCGAUUGCAGGCCUGCAUGUAGAGCAAACCGGCUUUAUUUCGCAGAGUGAAACCAUCUGUAAGGUUUUCCUGUUCAUCAGAUGUCCGGCAGUCAGCAGACAGGCAGGCUCUGAAACACGAGCCGCUUUGUAGUUCGCGGCCCUCCUCGCUUCGAGACACAAUGGCCGGUGUAAUCCCACAGGAAUGCACUUUUUUUUUUUUUGUUUGCAUAAUAUGCAUAAUGUCAGAGCAUCGCAAGACAUCUUCCUGACUCGGUCUCUCUCUCCACUGACUCCCUGUGAUUUUACAAUUUGGAGUUGCUCACUUUAAAACUGUGCAUUUUGUAUUUGUAGAAAACACACGAAAAGAACUGCAAUGACUCAACUGUAUGAGCAACCUCUAGGUGGCAACAAUCAGUAAUGCAUUCGAUGCAAAAAAGACAUGCACAGUAGAGACACAUGUUAAUUGUAUGCUAUUACAUCACUCUGCAUUGUUCCUGAUUUUUGUUUUAUUUUGCUGCCUGUUUUAAAAUGUUCUGAUAUAUAUUUCCUUUUCAAAUAUGUUGUCUCUGAACUGCUCUAAUGCUAAAUAUUUAUGCAAAUUCUUGUGCAUUCUGAUUUUUUUUUCUCUUGUCACUAUUUUUUUUAUUUCAUGUUUGAAUAAAGCUUUUAUUCAUUACACCAA